AUGGUUCCGAUGACAUUCCAAUCAGACAAUGGGAAAGACUUCGUGAGGGACGUGACAAAAGAAUUGAUUAGGAGAUCGCACAUUGUUAAAGGGCAUUCAACAACCUACCAUCCUCAAACGAACGAAUUAGUGGAGAGGCAGAACAGAACACUGGUGAACAUGCUCAGGGUAUAUUGCUCGAGAUAUAUGACCGAUUGGGAUAAGUAUCUGCCGCAAGUGGUGCAGGCGUAUAACAGCACGCAGCAUUCAACAACAGGGAUCAGUCCUUUCAUUAUGUUAACUGGCAGGGAGAAAGCGAUGCCCCUGACAUUCUUCUAUCCAGAAUACGAAGGGAAAAAGACGUCGCCUCAGGCGUAUGUGAAAGAAGCGGCCAGGAGGCAACAGGAAUUGAACGAGCUCUGUAGAAGGAACACGGCGCAGGCACAAAUGAGACAGCGGAAGAAGUACGAUGAAAAAAUACUUCAAGCAAAACCGUAUGCUGUGGGACAAUACGUCUGGGUGUUCCAGAAUUUCAUACCUCCAAAAGGAACUAAAAAGUUACUUAAGAGAUAA